AUGGAUGGAUCAAUAUCACUCACAUCAAGUAAUGGUAUGAUAGCCACACCAAGACCUAGUAGUGCCACUAUUAAUAACAAUGGGAGGGCACCAGCACCAGUGGCAUUCAACGAAAGCCCAAUAUCCAACGCAAGGGUAUUAUUAUUUAAAAAUAUAUUAUUAUUACAAGAUAUAGAUUUUUUUGUGUCACUUUUAGAUCAUUUUAGUCGAUGCUCCUCAACACCAAAAUCAUCAGAACUCUUAAACUCACUCAUUACAAUUAUGGAUGAUAACUUUAUUGAGCUCUUAAGAUUAUUUAUUAAACAAACUGUAGAAAAUGCUAAACUUUCAUUGGUUUCUGAUGAAAGUAGUCCAACUAAUUACCAAUCAUUUAACAACAUUAUAAAUAAAAUGUCAUCAUCAUUUUUAAAAAUUUAUUUGGCUCCUAUUAUGGAAAAGGUUUUAAGCACUCAAAUUUCAAAUUUCACCGAUGAUAUACAAGAAUUUUUAAAAACACAUAAUAGUGGCGGUGGCAGCACUAAUUCAACACCGACAAAUCCUAGCGCUUUAUUAGCAUCAUCACCAUUAUCAAUUAAUUCUAGUGGUGUUCGUAAUAGUUCAAAUAAUUUAGAGUCGUUGGAUAUUUCAAAUAACAUUAGCAAUUCUCCAACAAAUAGAGCCUCGGCAAAUAGUAUAGGAAAUACAUUAGGUACCCCACCCAUUAUAGGAAUGCAUCACCAAAUUUCAACACAAACAUCUCAAUCAAAUAACAAUUUAACACCACUACAAUCACCAUCAUUUUCAUCAACCCCACCAAUCUCAUCACCAACAUCAUCCACACAAAUAACAUUAGAGGGUAUGAAGGAUCAUAUUUCAAAAUAUUCAAUUUCAAUUAUAAAUACAAUUUUUAGAUCUGUAGAGAAAAUACCACCAAAUGUGUUUCAGUUAUUUGAAUUAUUGUAUAUAGAGUCACACCAACUUCAUUCAUCAGAAUACUCAUUAGAAUUGGUAAAGAAAAUAUUUUUUACCAAAUUAAUUUGUCCAAUAUUAGCAAAUUUGAAACCACCCCCAAAUAACUCAACAUUUUUUUCAAAGGUUUACAUUGAAAUCUCUAAAGUGGUUUUCGAUAUAGCUUUUGAUAGAGAUUUCUCACGUAGGGGCGUCACUACACAGGAGCAAGUGAUGCACUUUAUAAAGUCAUUGGUAUUUAGAUCUCAUUCACUAUCUGGUGGCGCAUCUCCUCAACAAGCUCAACAAACCCAUUUGAUCUCUUCUCAAAUGUUAAGUUUACAACAAUCAAAAGAUGAAGCAGUUAAUAGUUUUAUUUUACAAAUCAAGUCAGAGGCAUCUGAAUUAGAAGAAUCAUUUAAACGUGCAAAGGAUUUAAAUACAUCACUACAAAGAGCCGAGCGUCAAAUAUUCCUUUUUGGUGUAUUCAAAGAUCUUCUUAAUAAUUAUAAAAACUCAUUUUCUAAUUUUGGUAUCUCUAGUCCUAGUAUGGGUCCACGUUCAAAUCACUUCUCUACUUUAAGAGGAAACACAUCUCGUACAAAUAGCCCAGUUCCAACACUUCAAAAUUUAAUUAAUCCAUAUUAUCAAACUCCAACACAGGUUGCUAACCCAGGUGAAGUUCAAGCCACAAGAGUCUUGCAAUCCCUAUCAAAGAAAUGGUCAUCCGAAGAAUUAAGAUCAACAUAUAAUGGUAAAUCUCCAAAGAAGAGAAGCUGGGUAUUGGAUAGAAAGAAUUCUAAAACUCAAGUUAUCAAUUUAACAAUUGUUACCGAUCAAUACACUGUUUACCGUAUCAUUACAUUACCAUUAAAUAUAACGGUUCAGGCUUUGGCAAGUAGAAUUCAUACCGAUACAGAGUUCUCUGACCUUUCCUUAAAUAAAGAAGAGUAUGAAAUGGUUGUUCGUUAUAGUGAAGAGAAUUCUUUAGUUUUAAAUGAUGAAAAUAACCAAGAGGUUAUUUGUGAACCAGAAUUACCAUUGUGGAUGUUUGAUAUUUCCCCAAAUGAUACAUUGGUAUUUAGACCAUCUAAAAAACGUUUAUCAACAUUCAAUAUAUUUCUUAAAUUUAUUUUCCCAAAUAUACAAAGUAAUGGUAAUAUCAAUACAAGUAAUGGCAAUUCAAAAGUAACACCAAUUAUAGUUUAUGUAAAUUUACAAAGUACCCCUCAAUCAAUUUUGGAUGAAAAACUUUCAAAACUUUUACCACAAUUAGAUACAGCCCAUCUCGGUUUUUAUUUGCGUGAUAUUGAUGACGAAUCAUCUUCAUUAUCAUCAAUUAAAAUGCCAAAUAAUAAUCCAUUCGCUUUAAAUAAGAUUUCAACUAUGGAUGUUAUUGAAUGUAGUCCACGUUUGUCCUAUGAAUUUAGUAUAUCAAUUAAGGGACGUACCCAAUCAAUUCUAUUGGAUUUCGAUAGUACAAUCGAUUCAGUUUCCAGUGCAUUUUAUAAUAUUUGUUUUAGUUUAGAAAAAGAACCACCUCUCAGUACCUCCAAUAGUAUCGACAAUCUUAGUGGUAGUGGUAGUAAUACACCACCAAUUAUGGGUGAUCUCAGAAGUUCAACUGGUAGUUUCAAUAGUGGAAAUACAAGUAGUAAUAGCUCAAGAACCAACAGUGGCGCAAUGUUAAAUUCAGACUUUAGAAAAUCCGGUCAAAUCGAUCAAGUUAACUAUAGCUUGGCUCUUAUUAGCAACACAAACUUUUUACCAAUGUUUUUACCAGGAUCCUCAAAACUUCAAGACUAUUGUUUCAACCAUGGCGAUGAAUUAAUCCUAGUUGAUAGAUGCUUUAUAUCCUUAGUUGAAAAUUUAGCGCAAAAGAGAAAACCAAUUCCACUUUCAUCCUCCCUCUCUCAAUCAACAGUUUAUCAUAGUAGCCAAUACCAUUCGAAUUAUAAUGGUGUAUCAUCAAUGAGCUUAUUAGCUGAAGAGUCAUCUAAUAAAAUUAUAGCUAGAGUUAAAGUUACAUGGGCCGGAACGAACAAUACUUUCGAUCGUCAAUCUCCAUUUAUCAAUACCUCUUUAAAUGUAAAUAUAAAUUCAAUAAGUAAUCUUUCUUUAAACGAUGUACUUUCAAACCCUUCAGCACUUAAUUCCAGUGCAAAUCCAAAUCGUCCAUUUUUAUCAACCACAAUUGCACAAGACAAUACAUUUGCUUGUACAUCAAAAAAUGAUUACUGUUUAAAUAAUCAAGUUAAACUUUGUAUUGUUGGUGAGGAGACUCCAGAAAAGCUUCAAUUCUAUAAUAGUUUAAGAAAGAACUAUUCUCCAAAUGGUCUAUUGUCCUUCUCAAGUUCACGUGGAAUACCGGCUUUCUUUAGUAACCAUUCAAGCUCUAUUCCAGAUAUCUCAUUAGAUAAUUCCUUUGUUCAUAAUAGCGAGUUAAUAGUAGGUCAAGAUUCUGAUCAAGUUACAUUCAAAACCUUUUAUCUUAGUGGUAACGAACAACAUCAAUCAAUUCAUCCACUAUUCAUUUCUCCACAAUCAAUGUUCAUUAUAACAUAUAAUGCUGUAAAUAUAAACACCAUCCUUGUAAAUUACUGGUUGGAAAUCAUUCAAAGCAAAGCACCUGGUUCUGUAGUAUUUUUGGUUGGUCUUUGCAAUCAAUCUAUUGAUGAAAGGAAAUUUGCAAACUUUAAAGCUGAUCACCAAAAAUUAUUUAGAUUUAAUAAUAUUGGCUCGUACAUGAAUGUUAGUCUUAAGAAUUCUAAACAAAUUAAAUUGCUAGCAAACAAACUUCAAAAGAGUGCUGAAGGUAAACAAUUCCAGUACAAGAUUCCAUUAUCAUACUCUAUCCUAAAGAGCCAAUGCCAAGAAUCAGCUAAAGAAGCUAUUGCCAAGGGUAAAAUGCCAAUUUCUUCAGUUCCAUUUAUAAAGAAUAUCUCUCGUAUAUUAGGUAUUGAGCCAAGGGACAGCGAAGCUGCAAUCAAGUAUCUUCAUGAAAUUGGUGAAAUUCUCUUUUACAAGUACGAAGCAAAUGAUGAAAUUUUAAAUGACUUGGUAUUUUUAGAUUGCAUUUGGGUUUCAAAAUUAAUUACCGCUAUUCUUUCAUUAAAAACUCAAAAUGGUAUGACUGUAUUUGAUCAAGUAUCAACAUCAUGGGAAAAUAUAUUUUCAACAUACAUCAUCAAAUCACUUUUAACUCUUUUAGAGAAAUUAGAGCUAAUUUAUUUAAAUAGUGAAGAUGGUUCUGUUAUUAUACCUCAAUUAUUUGGUGCCGAUCGUCCAACUGUAAUGAGAGAUCUUUGGUCACCAACUGCUCAUGCUACAAACGAAUAUAAAAGGGUCUAUGACUUUAAAUUUUUACCACACGGUUUCUUUAGCCGUUUAUCAGUACGUAUUCUUCAACAUUACGAUCCAUUGUGCAUUUGGAAAACUGGUAUUUUAAUUCAGCCACAAGGUCAACUAUGGGGUGGAGCUUCAAAAUCUUAUGAUUCUCAAUGUCUCAUAGAGUACGAACCAAGCGAUUUCAGUUUAAAAAUUUCAAUUCGUGACGAUCAUAAAUCUCAACUCUUAAAAUCCAUUGUUGAUUUGGUAUCUUCAUUUAUUCUUUGGUAUUUCCCAGGUCGUUUAAAUACAGUUCAAGUUGCAUGUACCCAUUGUACUACUCUUCACAUUGAAAAUCCAACUCUUUACUCUUUGGAUUAUUUGGAAAAACAAUCAUCACUUGGUCAAACACAAGUAAUUUGCAAAGCCCAAUUAGGUGGUGCCAUACACGAAACUCUUUCUCCAAGAACUACUAAAGUCGACAUUAAUGCCCUCGCUUUUGAAGUGGCUAUCAAUUCUCAAAAGUUCUCUUUAAUCCCUUAUGAAGAUCUCAAGUUUGGGCCACAACUUGGUAGUGGUUCUUAUGCUACAGUAUACCGUGGUAUUUGGAAUAAUUCAGAAGUCGCAAUUAAACUAUUAAAUCUAGAUGAUGGACAAAGUGCAAACACCACCGAAAGAUUUAGAGAAUUUAGAAAUGAAGCACAUAUUACUGGUGAACUCCGUCAUACCAACACUGUGUCGCUAAUGGGUGUUUCCGUAAAUCCAUUUUGUCUUAUUACCGAGUUAUUACAACAAGGUGAUUUGGCCAAAUUCAUUAGAAAUACCGCAGAGCCAUUCUCAUGGAACACUGUAUUCAAGUUAUCAAUGGAUAUUGCCAAAGGUAUGAGUUUCCUUCACUCAUGCAAACCAAUGAUUGUACACAGAGAUUUAAAGAGUGCAAAUAUUUUAUUGGGUGGUUCAUCAAUUGAAACCCUUGUUGCCAAAGUUAGUGAUUUUGGUUUGUCCAUUAAACCUAUAGGUAAAGAAGUAAAAGGAAGAAAGGUUUGGAACUGGAGAUGGUUAGCACCAGAAAUUAUGAAUGAUCAACAAUACACCGAGAAGAUUGACGUUUAUUCUUUUGCAAUUGUACUUUGGGAAAUUAUAACAAGAGAUUUACCUUUUGAAGAAUAUGUUGAUCAAUUAAAAUGGAAUUCAAUUAUUGAAGAUAAAAUCAUCAAAGGUCUUCGUCCAACUAUCCCAGAUGAAUGCCCAUCCGAAAUGAAAAAUCUUAUUACAGAUUGCUGGAAUGGUGACCCAAAGAAAAGACCAUCAUUCACCGCCAUCCUUGAUCGUUUGAACCAAAUGUUUAAGACCUUCCCACUCGAAGAGAAAUUAGAAUUUUAUAAACAAUUGCCUCCACUUAUUGAUGAGCCAGUUGUAGUUAAUGUACCACCUUUACCAAGUUCAAUCCAAAAUCUUCAACAAAUAGCAAUGAACAAUAAUCUUAAUUCAAAUGGAAGCAAUGCAGACUUUAAAGUACUUUUAACUCCAACAUCCUUACAGCAACAAAAUGGUCACAGUGGAUCAAGUAAUCAUGGUGGCAAUGGAAUUGGUACAACUACUGCAACAUCGAGCAAUAGUGAUACCAAUAGUGGUUCAUCAGGUGUAUAUGAAAGUGGUGGUUCAUUAACAUCAUCGGGCUCAAGCAGAAUAUUAAGAUAUCAAAGCUCUUUAGCUCUUACAUUCCCAUCAACAAUUCAUUCAUUAUACUCUGUUAUCAAUAGUAAAAAUGAAUCAUUUGUUUGGUGCGGUAUGGGUGAUGGUAGUGUAUGCGUAAUUAACCCAAACACAAGACAAACUGUAUCAAGUAGUCGUUUCGCUGAUGCAUCUCGUAUUCUUAGUUUCUGUUCUGUUAGAAAGAAAGGCAAGUCCUCAUUACCUACACCAUCAUGUCCAUCAACACCAUUUAAUUUUGUAGAUGAUGAUACUCAAAUUUGGGCAAUCUAUGGCGAAGGUAUAUUGGUCUUUGAAUCAAAAACCUAUAAGCUACUUAAAACCAUUAAAACAAAUUAUAUUACAACAUGUAUUGAUGAAGGUACCUCGGUUUGGACAAAUUGUAAAGAAAAAACCUCAUAUAUAAAAUCGGUUAGUAAAUCUGGACUAAAAACUAAGAAACUAUUAAAUGUUAAAACCAUGGAUUCACAAAUUACCACAAUAUUCAUCAAUUACAAUAAUAACAACAACAAUAAUAAUAAUAAUGUAGGCUUUGGUAACAGUGGUGUUGGACAAGCUCCAAGAGUUUGGUUAGGUACAGAUAAUGGUAUGGUAUUUAUUUUAGAUUAUCCAAAUCUUACACCAGUUGCCCAUCAUAUUAGUCAUAAUGGUGGAUCUAUUCACUCAAUUAAAAAGAUGGAUCGUUUGAUUAUUACAUGCAGCGAAAGAGUUAUCUGUAUCUUUGACGAAAGUGGUAUUAUCAAAAAGAAAAUUGAAGGUUUAACAUCAAGAGUAUUAUCGAUAUUGGUUGUUGAAAAUUAUAUAAUAGGUGCAUGCUAUGAUAGUACAAUUCUUGUUUGGGAUUCUAAACAAAGCUUUAGAUGCGUUCAAGUUAUAAAGAAAAAGCACAUCGAUGCAAUCUCAUCUGUAACCCUCUCUGUAUCACAACAAAAUAAACCACAACUUUGGGUAGGCAGCUGGGAUAAAAAGAUAUCUACCUAUCAACUAACUGAAGAAUUGGAACAUUUAUUAACAAAUUCAUAUGCUCUUCAAUAUCAACAACAUCAACAAUCAGCUUUUAUACCUGUUUCAACCUCAAGUUCAACUUUAAGCUUUAGUGGCGCAUUUACUCCCCGUACAAAUACCAUUCAAAUUUCUAACUCUAGAUCAAAGCUUGCUUUUAAUUAA